AUUCAACUCGAGGGUUUCCUAGCUUCAUACAAACAAAGCUUCUGCCUUCAACUAAAAGUCUCUACAAAAAUAUGGCAAUAAGUAUGGGGCACAUUCUCCGUAAGCAAGGCCUCAAAAGGUCUUCUUCAAAAACAAAUAGAGAAACUGACAUUCCUAAGGGUCACUUUGCAGUUUAUGUUGGUGAGAGUGAAAAGAAGCGUUUUGUGAUUCCAAUUUCAUACUUGAAGGACCACUCCUUCCAAGACUUGUUAACUCAAGCCGAAGAAGAGUUCGGGUUCGAUCAUCCCAUGGGUGGACUCACAAUACCUUGUCCGGAGGAUACCUUUGUUGACAUCAUCUCGAGUAUGAGCAGAUCUAGAUAGAAUUCAUACAUCUUAGGUUAUAGUUAUUAGUGAGUUAGCAGAACAACUUUGCAGAGAAAAUUAUUCUUGUACAGAGUUCUAUAUCUGUAUUCUUCUUGAGAUUGGAAUAUACAUUCUUUAUAAUUCUAUCA